CCAUUGUCUGGCCCAGACUGAGAGGAAGGUGAACAAGCAGGCUGCAAAGGUCACCAGUCUGUCAGUGGUGGACCUGGUUCAGGUUCAGUCAGUGGACAUUGUUGUACAAGACCAGGUUAAGUCCAAGGUCUCGCCUACAUCAUCAUGACCCUCUGGAUCAGAUCGCUGCCUCUCCUCGCGCUGCUUGCUGUUUCAGUUCCUCCUGCCACCGACGCUGUUCCCAAUCAGCAUCUCUGUGGCUCUCAUCUAGUGGAGGCACUCUAUUUUGUAUGUGGAGAACGGGGCUUCUACUACUCUCCCAAAACACGGCGGAACAUUGAACAGCCCCUAGUGAACGGGCCUAUGCAGAAUGAAGUGGAAGCACUGCCAUUCCAACCACAGGACUUUCAGAAGAGAGGAAUUGUGCAACAAUGCUGUGAAAACACCUGCUCCCUCUACGAUCUAGAGAACUACUGCAACUAGAAGAGGAAGAACGGCCACUUUGCUAGGGCACCUUCAUUGCAACUGAAUAAAA